CGACAUUGUGCAAACACAGAAAUGGAAGAGAAGGUGGGGUAAAACCCCAAGGCAUAAAAAGGCACGGCAGGAGUCGGCACAGUACAGCCCUUCCAGAGAGAGGCAAGAGAGGCCCACGAUGAGAGCCCUGGGAGCUGUUGUCACUCUCCUGCUAUGGGGUCAGCUUUUUGCUGUGGAGUUGGGCAAUGAUGCCAUGGACAUUGAAGAUGACAGCUGCCCCAAACCUCCAGAAAUUGCAAAUGGCUAUGUGGAGCACUUGGUUCGCUAUCGCUGCCGACAGUUCUACAGACUACGAACUGAAGGAGAUGGAGUGUACACCUUAAACAGUGAGAAGCAAUGGGUGAACACAGCUGCUGGAGAGAAACUCCCCGAAUGUGAGGCAGUGUGUGGGAAGCCCAAGCAUCCUGUGGACCAGGUGCAGCGCAUCAUCGGUGGUUCUAUGGAUGCCAAAGGCAGCUUUCCUUGGCAGGCCAAGAUGAUCUCCCGUCAUGGACUCACCACCGGGGCCACGCUGAUCAGUGACCAGUGGCUGCUGACCACGGCCAAAAACCUCUUCCUCAAUCACAGUGAGAAUGCAACAGCCAAGGACAUUGCCCCUACCUUAAAACUCUAUGUGGGAAAAAACCAGCUGGUGGAAAUUGAGAAGGUGGUUCUCCACCCCAACCACUCUGUGGUGGAUAUUGGGCUAAUCAAGCUCACACAGAAGGUGCCAGUCACCGAGAGAGUGAUGCCCAUCUGCCUGCCUUCCAAAGACUACGUAGCACCAGGCCGCAUGGGCUACGUGUCUGGCUGGGGGCGGAAUGUCAACUUCAGAUUUACCGAUCGUCUCAAGUAUGUCAUGCUGCCUGUGGCCGACCAGGACAUGUGUGUGGUGCACUAUGAGAAGAGUACAGUGCCUGAGAAGAAGAACUCCUCGAGUCCUGUUGGGGUACAGCCUAUCUUGAACGAGCAUACCUUCUGUGCUGGCCUUUCCAAGUACCAGGAAGACACGUGCUAUGGUGAUGCUGGCAGUGCUUUUGUCGUCCAUGACAUGGAGGACGACACCUGGUACGCAGCUGGAAUCCUGAGCUUUGACAAGAGCUGUGCUGUAGCUGAAUACGGUGUGUACGUGAGGGCGACUGACCUGAAGGACUGGGUUCAGGAAACCAUGGCCAAGAACUAGUUCAGGGCUGACUAGAAGGCUGCACACAGCAGGGCGGGCUGGGAGCCAUGGAAGAGGGGGAAGUGGAAGGGUUGGGCCAUAGUCUGAGGGGUGCUAGCCCUGCAUUGCUCAGUCAAUAAUAAAAAAUAUGCUUUGGACCCA